AAAACCUCUAUGAGUCUUUGCCAUGCCCCAUUAGCGACGCAAUCAAGGGGCCAGCAGCUCGCAUUCGCAUUUUCUCGCGUGCAUUCCGGAGUGUAGGAAUUGCCCUUGUAUAUCUCUCACCUCCACGCUCUUCUCACAUUCGUCUUAGACAUGGUAGCCAGAAAGAAAACGGCCGAAGGGCCGAAGAGAAAAAGCAGCGAGUCGCUGGGCGUUGAGCGUAAGAAGAUGAAGCGUAUCACUCCCGUGCCCUUAGACCAACCCAGUGUCUCUGUUGCUGCUCCUGGCUCGAAUGCCGCUUCUCCAACAGUGACCAAGUCGAAGAAGGAAUCGAAGAAGGAAAAUGGUGAUAUUGUCAAGGCCUCGUUUAUGCCUUUGGAUACUACAGCGGACCUGAAGUCUGUAUCGAAGCGGGAAAAGAAGAGGAAAGUCAUUCCUGUCUCUAAUUACGCAGAUAAAUCGGCUGUCAUUUAUGUCGGCCGAAUUCCUCACGGAUUUUAUGAAGAUCAGAUGAGAGGUUUUUUCAGUCAAUUUGGAGAUAUCAAGCGACUUCGUCUGUCUCGAAAUAAGACGACAGGAAAGUCAAAGCAUUAUGCUUUCAUCGAGUUUGAAUCUCCCGAGGUUGCGCCUAUUGUGGCUGAAGCCAUGCACAACUAUCUGUUGUUGGAGUCAAUGUUGCAAGUUAAGGUCGUCCCCGUUGAUAAGCUCAAACCUUCAAUGUGGGUUGGAGCGAAUAAGACAUUUAAGACGAUUGAAUGGCAAAAGUUAGAACGAGAGCGACAUAAUAGGGUGAGGACCCCGAAGGAGCAUUCUCGCCAUCUGGCAUUGUUGGUGAAGAAGGAUCAAAAACGAAGGAAGAAGCUGCAAGCUGCUGGCAUUGAUUAUGAUUACCCCGAAUUGGAAUCAUUGAUCCCACUCUCAUCGAAAAAAAUCACUUUCACCGAUGGCGAUGAAUAGGUGAAUGCGCGAGAAUAGGUCGUCAUGUCGUAGCUAUCGAUGAUUGUACUCCGUUGUUGGAAUAGCAAAGGACAAUCAAUCCAGACAAGUCGCAGGCAGAACCCAAAGCGCUUCCUUCACCAACCUGAGGACCAAUCUUUGUUAUUCUAGCCUUCGCCUGCUUUUUCCGCUUCUGAAGGUCGCUUUGAAAACAAUUUUUUGCAGGUGCUAUCCCCAAAAGGGAGGCUAGUUAGUUGCGAGUGCACAUGACACAUGUGACCACUAUGAGACAUCGUAGCAUUUCCGAGACUUGUGUGCAAAGUAUUAACCAUGAAGGGGUUAUGCAAGUCUUGCAUAUUUUUCCGACACGUAGUAUCUACAGUCAAGUUGCUAGAAAGCUGAUUUGUUCGGAGGAGGGGGCCGAUUCAAGCCUACAUUUCAAGGGAGUGCUUACAAUUUGUGUUAAGUGGGAUCAAAGCCUAGCAAGUAUAUUCCACUGAAUGGAUGAUCAAAGAUGUUGCGAGAUUUUGCUCUCUUUGGUGUGAGUAACUUGCUGUUUUAUUCACUACUACUGCCAGUAAUGUUGGUGUAGUUAAUAUUCACAAUUUCACGUUCUAUUGAGUUAAAAUCUUAAAAA